CGCUUAGAGAGAAGGAUGGCUCGCACCAAGCAAACGGCUCGCAAGUCGACCGGCGGGAAGGCGCCCCGCAAGCAGCUGGCCACCAAAGCGGCGCGGAAGAGCGCUCCGGCCACGGGCGGCGUGAAGAAGCCUCACCGCUACCGGCCGGGGACCGUGGCCCUCCGCGAGAUCCGCCGCUACCAGAAGUCGACGGAGCUGCUGAUCCGCAAGCUGCCCUUCCAGCGGCUGGUGCGGGAGAUCGCGCAGGACUUCAAGACCGACCUGCGCUUCCAGAGCUCGGCCGUCAUGGCCCUGCAGGAGGCGAGCGAGGCUUACCUGGUGGGGCUCUUCGAGGACACCAACCUGUGCGCCAUCCACGCCAAGCGCGUCACCAUCAUGCCCAAGGACAUCCAGCUGGCCCGGCGCAUCCGCGGGGAGAGGGCGUAAAAAGCCCAGGCUUGCCGCGGGAGUAGAGGGGGGGAAACACUGGAAAAGUCAUCGCGCUUAACGGCUCUUUUAAGAGCCAUUCACUGCCUCCAGAAAAGAGCUGGCUUCAUUUUCUGAUUUUUAAUGUUAAAAAAAAAAGUCCAUUUAACUUUUGGAAGGAGUUUCUAAACUCUUUGCGCAAAACUCAUCAUUUUCAGUGGGAUUAUUUGCAACGUUUCCUGCAGCUUUCAUUCUAUAGGGAUGGACCGAAAUCUCUGGGUGGUUUCCCCAUUUACACUUAUUUUUUUUAUUUUAUUUUUUUAACCUGCCCCGCUUCUAAAGCCAGGUGUAAAUAAAAAGAUUUUUGCAGC